AUGAAUACAAUUUUAGCUAAAAAGUUCGAUACUCAUAUGAAUGUAACAAUUCAUUUAAUUUAUCAAAAUCAAGUUUCUCCAAGAUUCGAUGAUUUUGUUAAUCCAGAUGAAAUCUAUGAAGAUAUAAUUGAUUUUGAUAAAUUAAAAGAUAAUAUGGAAGAAAUUCUUAAAGGUUUUAAUGAAACUCGGGAUACUGUUCGAAUGGAUUUAGUUUUAUUUCAUGAUGCUAUUUUACAUAUAACACGUAUUGUACGUGUUUUGCGACAACCGUAUGGUAAUAUGCUUUUUUCAUGA